AUGCAGUUGCGGACGGUGUUGCCGCACGGCAUCGCCGACACCUCUGAUGGCGGCGCCGUCAGCGGCACCGUCGACGUCCCAAGUUCCUUCAAGGCAAAAGUCGAGGUGUCGCCAAGGGCCAUCAGGUUCGACAGGGCAGAGCCCGAUUUUGACAAAGGAGUGUUCGGGCCGCGCCAGCCGACCGUGUCAUGCGUGAACCAGCUGCUGCUGGAGCUCCCGAAGGGCUACACCUGCUCCGUCGUCGGCAACGGCAUGGCAGACCCACACGGGACGCAGAUGCUGUUCCAGACCGACGCCAAUGGGGACGGCUUCAUGGACUACUUCCGCAAUGCCCUCACGAGCGGAACCUGGUCCUCGUCGGGCAG